UCGCUGUCGACACAGACUCGGACCCGGAGGGCGUGCUAUCCAAUAGAAAGACCGAAGAAGAAAGCCUUCUCCGCUCGCCGGAACCAGGUACCAGCUCCCCUCCAGGGAGGGGAUGAAGGCAAAAGCUCAGUAUAAGGCGGCCUUAAAUUACUAAGACGACUCCAGGGCAAGGCGGAUAUCUCCCAAGAGGAGAAAUCCAAACUAGCCUGGGCAGACCAACGGGUUCCGGAUUCUGCUUCUGCAGCAGCUUCAGUUCUCGCUCUCCUUGAACAGCAAUGAGGAAGAGCACCUUCGCCUUUGGUAUAGACGGCAUUAACUCCCUAUCUACCACCUCCCUCCCACAGAGCUUCCAGUUGGGGCACCUAGACACCCAAUAAGGGUGCUGCAACUCAACCUUCAUAAGAGCGUCGGUGGAGCAAGGGCCCGCUGACAUAGCUUUAGUCCAGGAGCCAUGGAUUGCGUCAGGCAACUCUGUGGCAGCCAACCUUCUCUACUCAACAUCGCACGGACGACCUGACGGUAGUGAUGCUGGAGAGCGAGGAAAAGCGUCUUAUGGCAGCUUCCUGCUACAUGGCACACGACAGACCCGCUCCACCGCAAGAACUUAGGAGUCUGGUGACGGAAGCCGGCUCCAAAAAUCUCCAACUCCUCAUUGGCGCAGAUGCCAACGCCCAUCACAAUGUGUGGGGAAGCCCCGACAUCAAUGAUAGAGGUGAGUCACUCCUAGACUUUAUCUUAUCCACUAACUUAGACGUAGCAAACGUGGGGGAGGAACACACCUUCGUAGGUCCCACCUCGGGACCUACGGGAAAGAUUACUUUGGUAUCUGACUGGAGAGUCCUCGAAAGACCAUCCUUCUCAGACCAUAAGUACAUUCAGUUCAAGCGCGAAUUCGAACACUCAGUUCGAACUAUAACAGUCUAUAGAAACCUUCGGAAUACAAACUGGAUCAAGUUUCAAAAGACAGUUACGUCGAAGCUCGCGAAUCUGGGCUCAGUGAAAUCUGAGGAGGAUAUAGAUAAGUCCAUAGAGACCCUAUCCAAGGGGUUACUGGAUGCCUACCAAAGUGCCUGAAACCACUAGGCUCCGGAAGCUGCUCUCAAAGCAGCCCACAAUACAGAGUCAAUUAAAGCUACGUGACGGACAGUGAAUAGAUGGCAGUAAAGAAGCGUCACCGACGCCACCGAGAUCUGUUAACCACUAAGAGAAUCCACUGGGCUAUAGACUACUUCGCGGGAUUAAAAUCGCCAAAACUGGACGGGAUAUUCCCAGCCAUGAUGCAGAUGACCAAAGAGGUUAUCGCCCGAUAGCUCUAAGCACUAUACUCAGCAUGUCUAAGUACCCUAUCCAAUGGAGACAGUUGUCUUCCUUCCAAAGGCAGGAAAGUGCAGCCACGUGAGUCCCAAGGAUUACUGACCAAAAGCUUUACCUCCUUUCUACUAAAAAAACUGGAAAAGCUGUUGGAUUUACACAUCAGAAAUGAUGCCUACACCAAAGAGAAAUCGGUGGAGUCAACACUACACUCGUUAUUGUUGUGCCAACACUUAAGUCUGGCAAUGUAUAACUCGUACGUGUAAGUGACCGAUUAAUGUAUCAAUAAAUGUGACGAGGGAGUAUACAUAUGUACAA